CCUAGUUGACGUGGUGAUGUGAAAUGUCUUUCUUGAACUGUUUCAAGAGAUGCAAAUUCCUGAAAUGUCUCAAUCCGUGUGAGCUGCAGAGAGGCAUGUCUACUGUGGCUUCCCUUCCAGCAAAGUCAGUGCCGCCCUUUUAUCACUGCUCACCGUUCAACUUCCUGCUCCUUACUGUAUUACCGAAGGAAAGUUUCCAGUAUUGGGGGGUGUGGCAAACUUUGCUGCAACAGGAAGUCAGACAGAGGAAGGCUCCAUACAAGACGUGCUCCAUUCAGCUGCCUGAGCCAGUCUGUCCUUUAUUGUUUUAGUAGUACUGUACCAGUGGAUUGGGGUGCAAGCAGUUGCUCUGGUGAUAUUGGGAUAUCAACAGUUCAGAAUGCUGCAGACUAGAAUGUGGUUUCAACCCGGUAACCUCUGGUGUCCAGGAAUACUGGACUCUUUUCCGCAUAAGCCUACCAUGGCGGUGGAUGUAGCCAUGCAGCUGUACCUGCGGACUCCGCCUUUGCGAAGAGAGAAUUUUGCCUGCAAAAUAGCUCCAAAACCCAAGAAGCCUUUACGCCCUUGUAUCCAUCUGAAUAGCAGCUCUGAGCGGAAUGAACUGGGAACAGAAGUAAAAACGCUGCAGAGGAACAGGGAGAAAAAGCGGGUUUCCUUUGCAGACAGCCGAGGCUUCGCCCUGACCAUGGUGAAAGUGUUCUCAGAAUUUGACGACCCCCUGGACAUUCCGUUUAACAUCACAGAACUCAUAGACAGCAUUGUGGGCCUAACGGCUGUGGAAAGAGACGAUUUUGUCUUGGAUUUUGUACAACCGUCUUCCGAUUACUUGGAUUUCCGGAAUCGUCUGCAGGCCGAAUAUGUCUGCCUUGAGAAUUGCACGUUGAAAGAUAAAGCGAUCAUGGGCACAGUGAAAGUCAGGAAUCUGGCUUUUGAGAAGGCUGUGAAGAUCCGAAUGACAUUUGAUACCUGGAAAACCUUCACGGAUUACCCGUGCCAGUAUGUUAAAGACACUUACGCCGGUUCAGAUAAGGACACCUUCUCUUUUAACAUCAGCUUGCCGGAGAGAAUUCAGCCCCAUGAAAGACUAGAGUUUGCAGUGUGUUACGAAUGUGAUGGCAAGGCAUACUGGGACAGCAAUAAAGGCCUGAAUUACAGGAUUGUACGGUCUGAACUCAAAUCUGCUCAGGGGCUUCCUCAGCCUCACGGAGAAUCUGAUUUUGGGAUUGCCUUUGACCAGUUUGGGAGUCCACGGUGUUCCUACGGCCUGUUUCCUGAAUGGCCUAGCUAUUCAGGGUAUGAAAAACACGGACCUUAUUACUAAAGCAAAGACUUGGAUGUUUAGUUCUUUUUUUAAAAAGGGGGAGGGGUUGGAGUUUGCUGCCCUGUCAUCAUUGCCAAAGGAGGUCUGUGUUUAUAGUUACAGAAAACAACACAAAAAGACAUCUGAAACUCCUGAUUGCAGUACGUUCAAAAAGGGAUGGUUUCUCCCUCUCUCCUGCUUAUGAAUUUAAACAUCUAAAAGAAGAGAUGUUCUAAUCACCUUACAACAUCCACUUCACUUCAGUUUUAUUUAUAUGGUGUCACAGGUACAUUGCAGUAUUGUGAGCUCUUGCAGGGGGAAGCCUUUCUCUGUCUGAGCCUGUUGUAGUCAAACUUUGCGACACAUCUCUAAAAAGCUGUUACUCUGGACAAGGAACCAUCAUGGAUUGGCUUGGCCGCCUGCGCCCCGGGGGCUUUAGGUCCAGAAUCUCAUUGUCUGAUCUGUGAGAGACCAAGACAUGCAAAUGGGAGCGACAGUAAUUCUGACUCUCUUCCCUUCCAUUUUAGGAAAUGCCUUCAUUUGUGGGAAGAUACCAGGGUGCUUACUCACUGUUGUGCCUCUCGUUCUUUCCCCUCAGAUUAUAAUAUGUGUAAAUUUUUUUGCAGUUGCUGAGGCAAAAGAGUUCUUUUUUUAUAUGUAACCUUGGAGUUUCAAAGCAAGCAUGGGUGAGCAGAGGUGAGGGGCUGUUGAGACUACGAAUGUGUCCUGAUCGCAACGUUGGGUUGGGAGGCAGGGGUGUGAUUUUUUUUCUUCUUCUUUCUUUUCCCUUUUUUUUAAAUGCUCUAUUCUUCACGACCCCAUACUAGACAAAUAUAAUUUCCUUUUCUGCCUGGUGGGCAUAGUUUGUAUGGUGGGAGAACUUUUUAAAACUUAUUUUGUUGGGGCGGGAGUUUCAGUGAUUUUAUACAAUAGCUAUAAAGUGGAUGUUACUGACAAAUUGAAUAAAGCUUAUUGAGUCAUAUAACCAAUACCCAUUAGGUCCAGUUCCAUGGUUCCCACUUUAUUGCUCCCAUGAAGCAGUUGCAGGGGGCCUAUCUCAGUUGUGAUUUGCCUGUUACGAGUUGCCAGGUCCCACGUUUGAUCCCUAGCAACGCUCCAAAGAGGACCAGGAAAGGCCUCUGCCUGAAACCUGGAGAGCUGCUGCCAGUCAGAGUAGGAGGGACCGAUCAAAGCUAGAGGAUGCUGGGACUUGUAGUCUACAAUUUUACUUGUCCAAACCCUGCUUGAAAAGCCAAACAAUUCCCUCCCUUACCAAAGGUAGCUAGAGUUCCAUCAAUGUCAUUCUUUCCCUUUCUGAAUAAGGUUUUCUUCCGUUGUCCAUUAGCGUUUCAUGGUUCAUUGGGAACCCACCUUUCUAAUGGGAGCCGUUUGUUUAACACUAAAGAAAGCCAUUCAGACUUUCUGACUUGCACUGCCACGCCAGCAUGGUGCCAUGAAUGCCAUUUCUCUGGCUGCUUUCGUCCAUGACUUCCUCGACUCCCCAAAGUAUGUGAAGCAAAUUAAUGUGUGGGACAGCUGCCACUCCAGCGUGAGGCAAACGCUGCUGUCUGUGAACAUGGCCUUUGCUGCGUGAGGCGUCUUUUUCGGAUCAUUUACAAAAUAGAAAUUGUGACCCGGGAACAAACCUCAGAAAAGUUACUUUUUGGAUUGCAGCUACCAGGAUCUACCAGCAUGUGCUGGCAAGGAGGUUCUGAGAAUUGUAGUCCCUCACAAAAAGGAGUUUUUUCUAAGGCUUUUGCAAUUUGUUCCUCUUAUUUCUGAUUACAUCAGAUGAAAACCUUGAUUCAGAAGGCACAACCCAAGACUCCACAUAAGGCAGUGCAUUCUAGAUAAGCCACGGUGAGAAAACUUCCUUCCACAAAGAGUGUUUAUUGUGAGUUAAUGAAAAGCAAGGUCCUUAGAAUGGCGGCUUGUACUUAAAUCUGAGAAAGGCGCUCGGAGUGCCCCUAGUUGUUUCUUAGGGAAGUGCUGACAUUGCAGCACUAUCUCCAUCAAGUAGUGGGCCAUGCCAUUUCACUUGUGUAUUUAGUCUGCGUAUGCGGAACUGUAUUUCAUACAGCAACUAAACUGUCAAAAGACUGGCAUAUUGGGAAUUUAAAGAAGUAUCCUAUCAGAGUACAGAUCAGCAGCUGGAAGCCCCUAGGCAAAGUCAGACUACUUGAAUUACUAUUAUUUUUCCCUCCCUCUUCCAUACUAAUUGGAUUUUCUGAACACAGUUCCAGGGAGAAAGCAGUGGGGUGUCAAGUUGAUUUAGUCUUUCUUCUAUGGGAAAGUGAACUGGCUGAAUGUAGUGGUUUGUGCGGAUCCUGAUGGAGUAAGGGAAGAAACUUUCAUUCCUAACUGAAUUAAACAAUAUUCAUGAGCUAAUUUCUUGAUGUUAUGUGGCUCACCUUUUAGAGUUGUUAAAUAGAGAAAUAUGAAUGGGGAAAUAAAGCCAAUUAUAGUCCUACCUAGAGUAGCCGAUUGAAGUUACUUGGAGCUGUUAGAAUUAACACAGGUCCUGUUCAUUUCAUUUGAUCUAUUCCACGUAAGAAUAAUGUUGGAAUUUGUCAAGGACUAAUGGAAUCUUGUUGGAAUUAAGGCUACGGUCUCUGUGACACACAGACACAGACACACACACACACACACACACCAAUUUUCUAGGGUCUAAGUCCCAUAGAACACAAGAGGGAUUGCAUCCAAUUACAGUCCUAAAGGAUUUCACUCAAAGAGCAGAAAAAUACUUUUAAAAUAAAAGUUCAGAAUUGUCAUUGGGGAGACAGCAACUGGCAAUAUUGAACAUUUUUAUAUUUCUGUGUAUUUGGGGUAGUACAGCCCUAUUCACUAACCUUAAGUGUUUGGAGCCCACAUGUUUUGAGGGGAGUGUGAUAGCCCCAUCCCCCCAUAAUUGUUUUCUGAUGGUUACUUUAUCAGUGUAGUCUCUCUGUGUGAACCAUGAUUCAAAAAAAUCUGGUUCAUGUGAAGAGGCAACCCUCACCUCUUCAGACUGUUGACCUUCACGUGCUAAAAGCUAUAGUGGGGUGUCUAUGCCAAAGUGCUCCCCUCAGAACAUCUGGGCUCUAGACAAUUAGAAAUACACAUGAGGAGAUGUUACUUACCAGACAUGUGACAAAUUCUCACAUUUGUGAAAAAAAUUGUUGCACUUUACUCUUGAGUAAAAAGCGUCUAUGCACACACCUCACUCCCACAAAUAAAGUAUCUUGGGCUAUUCAAAAUAAAUAUCCCAGAGGUGGAACAAAAUGUUUUUAAAAUUGUUUGAUGGGAAAUUGAGUUACAAUUAGCCAAUAAUAUACGUUUGACUUCAGGCUACUUUAUCUAGGCCUGAAUCACAUACUAUACACCUCUAUAUAGGUUUUAUGUAAGGUUGGAUGUAAGUCUAAGACAUAAUCCCUCCUAUCCUGACUGCACCAAGAACUUCAAGUGGGAAACUGCUCAUAAAUUCAGAUCCUACACAUAAAAUACUCCUCUACACACUCUACAUGCCAUGUACAAGAACUGGAAUGUGGACUGAAAUAAUAUGGGUGCCACCUAGCAAAAUAGAUACAUAAAUCAGUUCAAUUCAAAUGUCAGGAUCCAAACUCUUUCCAUAAAUCUGUCUUCCUGAAGGCCUAAUGGCAAGCCCUAAUUGCUGCUUCAGGUGACUUCAAGAUAAUUGGUUAUAAUGAAAUUAUCUUAAAUUGAGCUGGGGGGGACAAUUAUAGUCAUUGUUGAAGGGGGGUGUAAGAGAGAAGCUGCUUGUGAGGAAAAGGUUGGAGAUUAUACUGUGAAAAGCAAACCCACAGCGGUUAUCCCAAAUGCACUUUCAUAUCUACGUGGCCUUCUCAACAAUUUUUAAAGCUAACUGCUUGGACUGUUGGGGUCUCUUCUGUCAGUAUGAAUGUGACUGAGGAAUGAUGUUCUCUUGCGUUCUCUGCUUUGGAGUGCCUUGCAUGUUUUUAAAUAUUUGUACACAACUGAAAAAUGCACUUUACCAUCAUAAUGGAUUUAUUUUCCGUACCAUUUUCUGAAAUGUCACCGUGGCUUUGGUUUUUAUCAAAUAAUAAAAUGUUACAAGGAGA